CAAAUCAGAGAGCAGUGCCGAUCUUAUUGGAGGAGAGCCUUCAACAGCAACUAAUCCUGUCAUAUUGAAAGAAAAUUGUAAAUGUUCUCUGCAGAAAUUGCCUGCCCAUUGCAGCUAAUCGAGCCCACUUCGCGCUCACCCCCCCUCCCCGCACACACCACGCACCGGUGGGCAGCGAGCAGACCCACAGCCGCUGCCCCCGGCGAGGACAUCCACUCGAGAUGCUCCCCUAGGCGCCCCGUUCCCCUCCCUCGCCACCACCCCCAUGAAGGUGGCAGCUUGUCCUCAUUUCCUUAGGAGGGCUGGGGGACGUAUGAAUUAUUACCAACUCACUUACGAGUCCCAGCAUCCGCUAUUUUUAAUUUUUCCAGGUUUGUCGAAGCCGUUAAGAUAGGUUUAGUGUCGCUCUACGUAUAUAUAUGCAUACAUACGUGUGCGUAUAUAUAUAUAUCUGAAAGUUCAACUUGGCUGAGCUGAAGCAGAGACUCCCAGGGGCCGGUGCCACGGAGGGUCCCCCCUCCCUCCUCUUGGAAGAUAUGGAAGAGAAAGAUAAAGCGGCUGCCUCCGGGCUCUGAUGCGCGCAGCCCGCAUGCCUCCGCCGCCAGAGCCGGGGCCACUCCGCAGUCGCCGCUCGCAACGAGCCGCUUGCAGCGGGAUGGGAUGCAACUUCUGGUGAUUGGAGCACAGUUCAGGUCAAAUUGCAUCAGUUUCUCACUGUCUGGAGCACUGAGCCAUUGAUGUAGAGCAUCAAACCACCUUCACCUGUGAAGACUAUAAGGCAGCAAGGAGAGAUUUUCCCAGGAAAAAUCUUCUCUUGCUCUCUCUCUCACUCUGUCACCAGAGGUAGCUGCCGAACCCUGGAUCACAAACUCUUUUCAGGAUUAAGUCAUAAUUGAGUAUCUUGUUAGCAGCACAGAAAUGAAUAACUCAACAUACAUAAACUCUUCCACUGAAAAUGUGAUGGCUCUGGAGAGCCCCUAUAAAACUGUUGAGGUGGUCUUCAUUGUCCUGGUAGCAGGAUCUCUCAGUUUAGUCACCAUAAUUGGGAACAUCCUGGUCAUGGUGUCAAUCAAAGUCAACAGGCACCUGCAGACUGUCAACAACUAUUUCCUGUUCAGCUUGGCCUGCGCAGACUUGAUCAUUGGCAUCUUUUCCAUGAACCUGUAUACACUCUACACUGUGAUAGGCUACUGGCCCUUAGGGCCUGUGGUGUGUGACCUCUGGCUGGCUCUUGACUAUGUGGUCAGCAAUGCCUCUGUAAUGAACCUCCUUAUUAUCAGUUUUGACAGAUACUUUUGUGUCACCAAGCCUCUGACAUAUCCUGUAAAGCGGACCACUAAGAUGGCAGGCAUGAUGAUUGCAGCUGCGUGGGUGCUGUCCUUCAUCCUGUGGGCCCCUGCAAUUCUCUUCUGGCAGUUCAUAGUAGGAGGAAGGACUGUCCCUGACAAGGAUUGCUAUAUCCAGUUUUUUUCCAACCCUGCUGUCACUUUUGGCACUGCCAUUGCAGCUUUCUAUUUACCUGUUAUCAUCAUGACUGUUCUUUACUGGCAAAUCUCUCGAGCCAGCAAGAGUCGGAUAAAGAAAGGGAAAAAAGAAGCUGCCCAAAACCAGGAUCCAGUUUCCCCCAGCCUUGUUCAAGGUAAAAUAGUGAAACCAAACAAUAACAACAUCCCAACCAGUGGGGAUGGAUUGGAGCACAACAAAAUUCAGAACGGAAAAACCACUGGAGAAACUGCGAUGGAGAACUGUGUUCAAGGGGAGGAGAAGGACAGCUCCAAUGACUCCACCUCAGUCAGUGUGGUUGCAUCCAACAUGAAAGAGGAUGAAUCUGCCAAAGAUGCCAGCCAGACUUUUGCUUCCCAAGACCAUCUCAAAGUGGAGAACUCCAAGCUGACAUGCAUCAGGAUAGUCACGAAGUCUCAAAAGGGUGACAGUUGUGCUCCCACAAACACCACCGUGGAGAUAGUAGGCACCAAUGGAGAGGAAAAACAGAAUAGUGUAGCCCGGAAAAUUGUCAAGAUGACAAAGCAGCCUGCCAAAAAGAAACCACCUCCUUCUAGAGAGAAAAAAGUAACAAGGACCAUUCUGGCUAUCCUGCUGGCCUUCAUCAUCACCUGGACCCCAUACAACGUGAUGGUGCUCAUCAACAGUUUCUGCACAUCCUGCAUCCCUGGUACUGUAUGGACCAUAGGUUACUGGCUCUGUUAUAUCAACAGCACCAUCAACCCUGCUUGUUAUGCGCUCUGCAAUGCUACUUUCAAGAAGACGUUUAAGCACCUUCUUAUGUGCCAUUACAAGAAUAUAGGAGCUACAAGGUAAAAAUAAUAAAAUAAUAAAAAGAAUAAAAAGAAUAACAGAAAAGGUGAAGAAUUUUGAAAUUAAAUAAUAAAGCAAACAAAUAACAAUGCCAUAGCACUUUAUGCUCUACUAUGGAAUGUGCAAUCCAGGAUGUUAGUGGAAAUAUUGAGAUGGGGCAUCAUCUGCUCCACUCCUGAGAACUACACUUAAAACUGUUUUGUGUGGGUUGUUUUUUUUUUUUUUUUUUUUUUUUUUUAAUUAUUGACAAUAAAUCUUGAGGACAUGGGGAUGUUUUGAGGAGUUAUUCAAGUAUAUGGUCUGGAGGCACAGUUACUUUCUGAGAGUAUUUUGCAGAAGGGCUUUAGAAUCUAUGUGUUUUUUGUUUUGUUUUGUUUUUUGUCAUUGUGUGUAAAAUAUCUAUUUUUUUUUCUGUGUGUUUAAGAGGUAUUCAUAUAUGGAAAAGAAAUGAGGUAACUUUUAAAAUAACUAUGUGGAAGAAGUAUAUAGGCUUGAAAGAACUUUACAUAACCCAAAUCAUAACAAAAAGUUUCCAAAGCUCAAGGUUGUCUAAAGUUUUUGUCUAUGUUAUCUGAAAACCUUAAUGUUAUGUAAAUCAUGCUGAAAGAUAUUUUAUGUUGUUUAUGAUGCUCCCAUUUCCAAAACUGCAUCCUUUAUGAAAGCAUAAUUCUGCUCAACAUGUAACCAUUGCCUAACAUCUGUAUCAAAGUCUGCUACUUGUCCCCUUCUAGGGGAUUUUGUCCCAUGAUCUCUCCACCAAGUAAAAAUAAAAGUGAAAAAAGACAUCCUUUCCAGAUGGCUAAAUCCCAGGAUUGUUUCAACAUCCAUGUAAACCAAAGCUUCUGAGACUAUUUUGUUCACUUUUUUUGUCAUAUGAAAUCUGCCCAUGGAUUUGUCUUUCACCUCCAUCAACCUUCCCCUCUCUUUUGUACUUUCUUUAAGAUGCAAAGACUGUAUAUCAAAAGAAGUUGUAAAUUCAAAGGUCUCAUCAGAUCAGCCACAAUGGUGGCCAAAUGAAGGGCCUCAGCUGAAGCAUAGAAACAAGCUUAUUACUAGGAAAAUAGAGAUUAAAGGAUGUAAAUCCUUUACAGUUGGAUGUACAGAUGAGGAUGUAUGUUUAGGUGCUACAGAAUGAAUAGUCGAUAUUAGAUGACUAUGCUCUUGACCAGCCAAAAGGUGAUUCUCAUUCACUUACUGAUGAAAAAAAUGAGAUUUACUGAUAGGCCCACAUAGAUCAUGCUCUGCCUAAGACCUUAGUGUGAAACCAGGGUCCUAUCUAGGUGUAUCCUGGACAAGAUGUUUACUUUGUGGAAAAGAUAUUAGCUAUUUCACCUUUUGUACCAGCUAGGAGCAAUAUUUUCACCAUAUGCCAAGGGAUAAUACUAAUAAAAAGGCAGGGAAGAAAUCAGAAAUUACUAAAAGACAGAUACUGAAAUAGUCUGGAAGAGGGGCUGGUAAGAGCCAUGUUGAAAUAUUAUCUGUUACUCUGUACCAGCUCAAACCCAGAUUCUUUCUACCUGACAAAGAAUUUUUUAUUUCAAUAUUUGACAUUUAUUGUAGCACAACUGAGCACUGUGUAGAUAGGUCAAAGUAUAUCAGAUUACUGAAAACAGAUAUUGUCUGUGAGUGUUACAUAUUCCAAUUACCUCCUUCUUUGUAACUCUCACUUCCAGGCACUAGUGAAGUUACACCUACACGUUCUGUUAUCCAAAAAGUAGCUUGCUGCAUACACAGUCUUCUGAGAGAUUGUAUUCUGGAGUGAAAGCCACCAACCAACUGAGACACUAAAGCAUUUUGUUAUUUCAUGUUAACACAUAAGAGUCUUCCAAAAUACACUUUAGAAUAGAAGCAUUCAAGAUUGUGGGAAAAUUAAUCUUGCAGGCUGAAGUUUUACAUUUGACAAGCUUAUUGGAAGAGAGUGUUAAAGCACUUUGGCAAUCUGACAAUUUUAAUGUUUCAAAGUACAGGUUCCUAGCAGAAAUGGAAAAUGAAGACGAUUAAACUGCAGUAAAUUAAGGCCACAUUAAAUUUAGGAGUAAUACGUCUUACUAUGCAUUCAUUGAUUUUAUACAUCUAGUGACUUCAUCCUAAUGCAUCUAAGUGUCUCCAUGCAGCCAAGGAUCUAAUUUUGCAACCCUCACUCACAUCGAGCCACAUUUGCUAUCAUAAACUUCAACUUAUUGCUUGUAAGGAGAAAAUACUCAGUGGUAAGGUUUGCAAAAUUGAGUGCAACUUGUCUUUCAAAACUCAAUCCACUAGGCUUACAUAGACAGGUCAAGAGAAAGAGUUACAUGAUCAUUUCUACAUCAUUCAUUCUCUUAGAGAGUUAAAAAUCCAGGUGAGGGGGGGAGUUAAUUUUCUAAAUCUCAUUUCUUUAGAAAUUUUCACAAAAGAAACUCACCUGUUCCUUUCAGAAUGUAAUGAAGAUAUUAAUAGCACAGACACAUAAAAUGGGAAAAAUGUUUUGAUUAUUAUUUCACCUUAUAGCUUCCAUUUCCCAGCAGGUGUGUAAAUGAUUUAUUCUCUCAAUUGAAGCUUUCACUUUUUCAUAAAUGAUGAAUUUUUCCAACAGCUGAGGACCCUUCUACAGGUUAAGUGUAAAAUUAAUGUGAUAUUAUGACACUCAACACACCAUGCAGAAACAUUUAUUUUGGGGCCAACAUUCAUGAAACAAAGAGUGACAGACAAGUGUGAAGUUUUCUGGAAUUUUUCCUUAGAAUCACCCCCACUUUUGAUACUUUUGAUCCUUUUGAAAAGGCAAAAUUCUUUCUUUGUGUGUGUAUUAUUGCAUAUUUAAAUGUUUGCAAGAGACAUAAUCCUGUGUGUUUCCACCUUGUUCUAUGGUACAUCAACAUUUUCAUCUGAUUGAAAAUGUAAAAAUACAUGAAAUAAUGUACUUACACAUGUACAGACAGGCAUGCAAAGACACACCAACAUGUUUUAUAUACGUGGAAAAUAAUCAUCUAACUCUCAAGAUGUUGUAUGUGAUUAUUGUGUCUACGUUGUGCUUGAUGGCAGCUGGUGGGAUUUGCAGAGCCAGCUCAUACUAAUGACUUUCUGUAUCCUGUCCUGAAGGUAGAGAGGAUGGCAGAGCCUGGGAACUUCUCAGGUCUGUAGCUGGUCAUAGCUCAGUAAGAUAAAACAGAGAAUAAUCUUUCAGGACCACAGAAGAAAUUGUCCUUUUGAACAUCUCUCAAGCUCUCAUCUCUUUGCUUUUUGUCCCAAACAACCUUCAAUAGGUUUCACUUCCCUUCUGAAAGAUAGUUCUGCAAGAUGUAGAUGUCGGUUUCGAAGAGCAGCGCUCCCUGGGUACCUCUUCUGGCUUCCCUGGAUGUUACCCGCGCCCCAUCCACCCUAUGGCCCCUAGUGGCUCCGCUGCUGGUGCUGCCACGUCUUCAUCCCGGGCUUGGCCAGAGGAUCCCAGCAGCAUAUCUACACCGUAUGCUGCACUGGCCACUUUGGUUUCACAUAGAAAUUGAGAAAACUGUGAGGAUGAAUCAUGAAAGAAAAAAAAAAUACUGCAGCAAACACUUCUCACCCUCUCCUUAUCAUCCUCUUAAUCUUUUCCAGAAGCAGCUAAAACCAAAAAGGCCCAAUCCUCCACAGUAUCUGUGCUGCAGCAGGGUUUGUCCCAUUGGCAGCCCACUGGGGGUGAACCAUUCUGUCAUGGGCCAUCCCUUCUUUCUCUGUCCAGGAGAGAACAACAGCCUAGAGAUGUGUCAGUCCAACUGGUACCUUCUCUGAGUUUUAAAGACGACUGUGGUUAAAAAGAAAAAGGAAAAAAAAAAAAAAAGAGAGAGAAUGAGAGAGAGAAGAAAAAGAAGAACAAAAAGGGAGAGAGAUAAAGAAGAAGCUGAAGCAAUAUUGAGAAAUUUGUUUUCCAGUGUGUACAAAACCUGAGGAAAAUUUGUCAGCUGUUUUGUUUGGAUUUUUCAUUUGAUUUAUUAGAAAUCAUGGGGAUUCAUUUGGAGACAGCAGUGUUUGAACAUUGCCUGAUGAAAAAUAGUCCAAAGCCAACAAACACAUUUAUAUAGGUCACAUUUCUUUCUUAUAGGUCUUUCUUUCUUUCUGGUUUGCCUCUCAAAUUCUCAUGGGGGCAGGAGUUUUCAAAUGGACCCCAGAGAUCAGUUGUUUGUUAUCCACAAUGCAAUGGGAACAAAAGCAACAGCUAAAUCUAUCAUCCCUCUGUUUUAUAUCUUUCUGGUGGAAGAAAACAUGUUGACAAGAGGAGGCCUCUUGUGGUUGGAGUGAGAACAGCCCACCCACUAUUGAGAAAGAAGACUUAACGGUUGUCACAGUUGCUCCUGACCAUCACAAAUCGGAAAGAGGCAGAAGAGUAUGGACCCUUUUUUGCUUUGUUUUGUUUCAUCUCCUGAUGGAUUUGAACACGUCCCUUGCCUGUGCUGCAGUAAGGCUUGCUAUUAAACUCACUUCCACAGAUAUUUUUUUUUUUAAUGUUGAUCGCUGCUCUGCAUUCCUAUUGAUGUGGCAGCUGCGUGGGUAGAGAACACCUGGUUUCUCCAAUGUCACUGAGGUGGCACACUUCAAGAAAAACCUGAGUUUUUCUUCUCAGAAAACAGCACCUCACCUGGCCACUCCUGUUACCAAAACCAUUUCUGGUACUGGCCUUGCAGGACCAAGUUUCUAAAGCGUCCUCACAGCCACAUUAUGAUGCAUGGUUGGCAUUAUGCAGUUGGUGGGAGGCAGAAAACAUGAUGCUAAGAAUUGUUUUCUUUCCCUAACCUUACAAAAAUUCCUAAACAUCUUUUUUUUUUUUUUUUUGACAAAUCAGGAUGCUUCCUGUGCAAAGCCAAACUAUUGUGAAAGAAACAGCAGGAAAAUCAUCUCUGGGUCGGGGAGUGAGGGAGAGGUUGUCGACAGGUCUAGAGUCUAGUAGCCUUAGAUAUUUUUAAAUCUCUCCUCCUGGAUGACUCUGUACUCACAGUUGACAGCAAGGUAAAGAGUAGAAACUGAUCAGCUAAAAAGAUUUUUCCCUUUUUUCCCCUCUGGAUCUACAGAUCUUUUAUACAACUUGUCUAGAAACACUUGCUAAUGAAAUUAUAUAUUUCUAUACAAUAUUCCAUUUAUCUUUCCUGCAUAUCAUUAAAGACUUCUAAGAAAUCUUUUUUUUUUUUUUAAUUUAUAGAAAAUCUUUCCCUGAGAGAAGCUGAUAGAUGGUCCUCAAUUUGCAGUAGCUUCUUUUUUGAUUGCCCUGCCUCUUUCCUCUUUUGACACAGUCUUGAAAAAAAAACAUGCUUACAUUCUCCCUCUCUUUACUAUUUGUCAUCUGUGUUUUAGCUACAGGUGUGCAGUUUCUCUUACUUUUAAGACACUGUGAAUGCUGGUAUUCAAAUUAUUUAAUCCCACCAAAAAUACUGCCUUCUCCAGCAUGCAAAUCUCUCUCCAUUGAAGUCCAACAUACUCUGUGGAGUGAGAAGUUUCAUAAAUUCUUUCUGCAUGGGAUUUGAUUUGGAAAGAAGAAAAUUCCUCACAUGAAGCAAAGCCAAUUCAGUUCUCUUCCUCCCCAGUUUUAUUAUGUCUGUAUGAGAAAUAACAGUGGAUGAUAGCAAAGACUGAAUAUUCUCAUAGUGGAAUAUCAAGAAGCAACAUGCAUGGAUUUAUUUUAUGCCUUGUGCAAAGGUAAGGCAAUCUUCCCUUCCACUGAAUCCCUUUUUAUUCCCAAGCUUACUAGCAGAGUGUUCACUCAGAAACCAUGCCUAAGAAAGUAAUUAUAGCAAGACUGAGUUAGACAUCAAUCAUUUACCACAGCCGAUGCAAUUAUUUCUCCUUUACUUUUGCUUUCUUCCUUUGCUAUGGCCCCUUUUUCUACAUCACAGAAACUAGUGGCUUACACAUGCAUAUCAGUCCUCCUGGGUUUCAUAUUUCAGGAUACUGGGUAGAUUUGUUAGACGUAUUUCAUUCCAGUAUCAACUGAAUUAAAAAAAAAAAAAAAAAAAAAAAAAAAAAGUGUCUUUUCCCCUUCCAAAGCUUUUUUUAACCUCAAAAAUGCAAUUGGGUGGGAUGAAAUUGGGUGGGAUGCAAUUACAUCUUUUUCCUAUUUUUACAGAGAGUUAUUAUGUAGGUUUUUUGUUUUGUUGUUUUUUGUUGUUUUGGGGAAUAGUCGGGGGGGUGGUUUGAUUUGGUUUCUUUGGACAGUACUUGCAAAGAAGCACAUAGCAACUUUCUUCUUUUAGAUGCCCCAAAGUGCUCUUACUCUCUGAGAGAACCAGCUGUGGAUGGUGUAUGAGACAGUAAGGUCAUGAUUACAGUGGACUUGGGAAGGAAGGAUUUCACUGAGUUUUUAGCUUUUGGACAGGUUCACCUGGCAGCUCAAAAGAAAGUGCAUGCCCUAAUUUUGUAAAAGAAUAGAUGGGUCAUGGUUGGAUUGCUUUUUUUUCCACCCCUCCUGGCUCAUGUAGGCUGCAGGAGAAGGGAAGAUAUUUCUCCACCAUAGGCUCUGUCGUUACACCUCUACCCUAAACACAGCCCUUCUCUGAAGCACAGCAUUGUAGUAGUGGUAGUAAUAAUAAAAACAAUACUGGAGAGAGUGCCAUGGUUUCCAAUAAACAGACCUUCUUAUACAUUGUCCCUUAAUUUUGGUGGCACUUUGCAGAGAUGGUUGGUAAGUUAGAGACUAGCAGUUUGUAAAUACCUUUAGAAAGUGUGUUUUAACAUGACCAACAGCAUAUCUUGUCUAUGUACAGAAAUAAUACAGUAUGUGUACUACUAUUCAGAUUAGGUUAUAAUGUAAAUAUAUCUUCAAUGAAUGUCCAAUUAUUCUUCAAGCUCUAUGUAUGAGGAAGAACCUCAUCUCUUCUUGAGAUUUUUUUUUAACUUAAGGGUAUGGCAAACUUGUCAUUCAUUUAUAUAUAUAUAUUAAAAAUAAAAAGUUUAAAUAACUGCAUUCUUUUCUUCAAAAGUGAAAAAUACUGCAAAGAAGAAGGGAAUGCAUUGCAUGUAUAUGAUACCCAAAGUCAUAUGGUUAGACUGGGAACUGAUGUUCUUACAAGUCGGGGACUGGUCAAAUUCUUGAUGCUGUACAUUUGAUCUCAUAUAAAUAAGAUAAGCACAAGUUUAUGGUUAGCUGUGUAAAGCUGACCAAUUUGACUAUAUAUAUACAUUAUAUAUUUAUAUGCUGUAUAGAUAUAUACAUAUUAUAUACAACAUUCACACAAUGAAAGCAAAGUUUGAUAGUCAUAUUAACUGGGAAAUUGGAUGUAAUGUUGUACUCCAUUUGGAGGAAAAAUAUAUGUUUUAUUCAGCAACAUUCAAAUGUUAUGCAGGAUGAAGGAAGAAGGUGCUUCACCAAAACAACUCAUGAAGGACAGAGGUUUGAAAUAUCUUGAAGACACAACUAAAAUUACAUGCAAUAUAUAUGUAUGUACUUCUGCUGAGUUGUAUUCCUAGUUAAGUAUUAAAUUAAACAGCAAGUUAUAACAAUAAUAAAAAUGUUUUUGUAUGUGGAA